GUAAUCAAUACAACAUUAAUAACAACAGUCAGGCGACAGAAUGAGGACGACAUGCAUAACGGCUCAGUCAAACGUCAAGGAAAACGAUACAUCAUGUGCUAAGAUGACAAAGAGGCAGCCAGUUGCCCAGCUGCAAUGGAAAAGCAUCAUCAACAGAGCAUGCAGUAUGUGCCCCAGUGUUAGAAGCAAAAAGAUGGGAUGGACUGGACAAGUGCACCCUGUAUCCAAGAGGUGAACCAAGGGCGACUGACUCAGCCACCGCAGAAGUGUAAUGCGAGCGCUGUGGCGUUUCCCUCUGGCCCCGGCAAUCGAGGUUGCAGGAUGGUUCAGCUGCAAACGAGCAAAGAGUGAAGGCCGGCCACCAGCUCCACUGGGUGCGAGGAUACUUACCAAUCCGGAGCAUAUAUUCCGGCACAACAUGUGGGACCAUGUUCAGUGGUCAGAGCAAGAGAAAGAAUUUGCAAGGCAAAAAGUAACAGAAAAUUCCAGAGAAAAAAUUCCAGUUGCGGAGCAGGCUAAGUUUGACAUAGAUGCCAGUAAAUACUGGGAUGGGUUUUAUGAGAUGCACCAGAACAAAUUCUUCAAGGACCGCAGCUGGCUGUUCCAUGAAUUCCCAGAGUUGCUUACCACAGAGACACCGGGCUGUAUUUUGGUUCCUGAACCGGGGGAGGGGCAGCGGAAUGGGGCACCCACCCUUCAGCAGGGCUCGGGGGGUGAUGGGGAGACUGCUGAUUUCCCUGGGAAGCAGGCAUCUUUCAGGAUCUUCGAGAUUGGGUGUGGAGCUGGUAACAGUGUGUUUCCCAUCAUCAGCUCUAUCAGGGGCACGGGAUCCUUUCUGUACUGCUGUGACUUCUCUCCGCGCGCGGUCCGGCUGGUGAAGGACCACCCUGGCUACGAUGGCUCUGUCUGUCACGCCUUUGUGCAUGACAUCCGCCAAGGGGGUGCCGUGCUGCCUUUCCCCCCCCGGAGCCUAGACGUUGUGCUGCUGGUGUUCAUGCUGUCGUCUGUUCACCCUGCGCGAGUACAGGACGUUGUGUCCCGCCUGGCCCACUUCCUGAAACCCGGUGGGGUGCUUCUGUUCCGAGAUUAUGGCCGAUACGACUUGUCUCAGCUUCGAUUUAAGAAAGGUCGCUGCUUGUCAGAGAAUUUUUACACUCGAGGAGAUGGGACGUGUGUAUAUUUCUUUACAAAAGAUGAAAUUCAUGAGCUGUUCAAGAGCGCUGGUUUGGAGGAGAUUCAGAACCUGGAGGACAGGAGGCUGCAGGUGAACAGGGGGAAGAAGGUGGUCAUGCGACGAGUGUGGAUGCAGGGGAAGUUCCGGAAGCCCUGCCCAUCGCCGUGAAUGGCUCCAAAUUCCAGGAGUAUGACGGUGGACCAGAGAGGUGUGAGAGGGUCUGGUGCCGGUCUCUGCAUGGUUCUGACAGCAUAGGGAGAGUGUGUCACCAUCUAUUUAACUCAGUGAAGACAUUUCAAA